GUCCAAGACAGUUCACUGUUCCAAGAUUAAGUAUUUCAUUUUUCAGUUCUUGUGCAAUCUUUUUCCAAUAUGGCGGAAGAAAUUAGAAAAUUAUUUGUUGCUCGCCUGCCCUGGACUGCAUGCAGAGGUGAGAAUUCGUGUGUAGAUUAAGUUUAGAGAACGUUUGUGAAGUAUUCAACAUGUGAAUUGUUGUUUUCUGUAUGUUUACAGUCGCAUUGCGGGAAUAUUUUAGUCAGUUUGGUGCGGUGGAGCGGUCGCAAGUAUUGUUCGUAUGUAUUUUCAUAUAUUUUAUAAAUUACUUUUCUUCUUUCUCCUAAGCUGAUUAAAAGUUGGAAUAGUUAUAAAUUAUAUAUUUAUACCAAUGUAUUCUUGACUGAAAUGUUUGGAAAUUGUGUGCCCAAUAUCUGUUGAAAAAUUAGGAAAGGUCAAAUGGGCCAUUCCAUUUAAUAUAAAUCCCUGUAGGAUAUAAAAAUUCUUGAACCCCCUUGGAUGCAAUUUGUGGAAGUUACCCCAUACGAUAUCUUACUAACCCCUUUAGGAUAUUGCUUUUUUCCUCUUGAAUGUCACUAUUAAAAACAAGCCACCCUGCAGGAAAAUUUAAGAUGAAGGCACCCCCCCAUCUCCCAGUUUUUUAUGAGAAAUGUGUAUGCUAACAGUACAUGUACUUUAAAAACUACAGAAUUUGAUGUUAUUAAAAUUAUCUUUAAGAAAACUAUUUUAAGGCCCGACGCCUUUGGCAGGGAGGCAGGCAACCGCGUUCCCAGGCUCUUAGCUUCACACGCCCCAAGCUUUUCUUUCUGCAGCUUGGAGCGUGCGAAGGUAAGAGCCUGGGAACGAGGUUGGGAGGCAGGUGGUUUUGUAAAAGAUGUCAUAUUGUCAUUUUUUGGCAGAAGCAUUGACCCUUCCUUACCAGGUGAUCUUGAUACGCGGAAAAGUACUGGCACUAGUUGUCAAAUAGAAAUCCAUUUUAUGAUUAAAACAACUGAAUAUCUCCUGUAAUAUACAUUAUUUCGAUUCCAUAUUUUCGUCAGAGCUAUAGUUCUCAUAACCAAACAUAACUACAAAAUUUCAACUAGUUUCAUAAAGAAUAACGAAAGAUAUAAUUGACUGAAUACAUCAAAAUGGAUUUCUAUUCGGACAACCCUUUCUGAGCGCUGAUUGGCUAAAAUACGAACACGAGAUCACCUGGUAUGCAUUCAUAAUAUUUUGUUUUUUCAAUAAACUUUUAAUUAACUUAUUGUAUGUACACAAUUUGUUGAUAGGAUCGGAAUACAGGCAGAUCAAAACGUUUUGGUUUUGUUGUUUUCAAAGAUGAAGCAAGCAUCGGUGAAACAAUGAACGUUUCUCACCAUGAAAUUCAUGAUACUGAGGUGUGUAUUAUUUUUGCAUUGGGUGGGGCACAAAUUUGAACAUUUCAGGAAAGGUACAUGUAGCAAAUACACUUCACUCCCCAUGACAAGAAAAAUGGCCUGGUAUGAGAGAGAGUAAAAUAAGCAAGUAUGGUGGAGUAGGGUGCAAAGAGUUAAUACAUUAUUUCUUUUAGAUAUUUGUUCAGCCACACAAACCUCCAAAGUCAAAUGAGAAAAGUAAAAAAGAUAAAGAUCCAUUGGACAUGAUGAUUACUACAGAACAAGAAUAAAGUCAGUUAUUUAUAUAUUUUUAUGUGUGACAAUGUAAGGCAGGCAAGCCAGUUAUAUAUACUGUUCCAAGCUAGCCUGUAAAAGUAGGCACAUGCCGUCCUCACAAAUGUUCAGUGCCAGUGUAGGUAGCAGAGAAUAUAAACUGUGAGCUUGUCUACAUGACACAACUACCUGGAAAAUAUAAAUACAUUUUGAGCUAAGGCCCGUCAUAUGGUAGCAUGGGUGCAGGGCCAUAACUAGACGUGAUAAUUGGGAGGGGGGUGUAUUUAUCAUUUAUAGACCUGAAGGGAGGGGGAUUCAGCGAAAUAUUACCCAAAGUGAUGAUAUUUCCCGAGGGGCUUUGCCCCGAGGGAAAUAUCAUCACUGAGGGUAAUAUUUCGCCGAAUCCCCCGAGCGGAGGGUCUAUAAAUGAUAUAUUAUACCGAAAAUUAAAAGCCUCCAAGUUGAGAAUUAAAAACUUGACACAUACCUUCGUGAAUACGACGUUUUAUUUUCGGAUUAACGCAAGUAUUCGUCGAUUUUCUUUCGAAUCACAUAUCGUUUGGAAUAUUAAUGACAACAUUUUUCAAAAUUUGCUUUAAAAUUUUGAAAAAGCCCCAGGUUUUAUGUUUAAAAUUUGAUUAUUCAUCACUCAUCAAUACUAUUUAUAUUUUGUCGGCCAUGUUUUUGUCAUGCGUGUUGUCUCGCGCGGUCUACGCGAAUAAUGUUCCACCCCAUGUUCCCCGGGGAACAUGGGGUGGAACAUUGUCAUAAGGAACGCAGGCUCGCUAAUUGAUGACGUAAGGCGUGAUAUCGCGAUUAAUUUCAUGCUCACAUGGCACAAACUAAGCUUCCUGAUUGGACAAUUUGAAUUUGAGGUAUAAUAUAUUCAUAUAUUCAUGUUCACAUUUCGUAAAAACAAUUGCUUUCAAAAGAAACCCGUCUGGCAGAACACAAAUAUAUGAAUAUGCCCUCCCCCACCCAAUUAUCGCGUCUAGGAACGACCCUGCAUGGGUCUGAAAAACAUGCUAUAACCAGAUGAAGGACCUUUGCUCGAAACUCCGAAGUUCUCUUUUAUACCCUUAUAAAAACAGUAAUUGAAUAUUUGCAUGGGUUUUCAGGUAGUUCAUUAUCGACACAAGUUAACAGUUCAUAAAUGAAUCUCCUAACUUCAAUUUCAUCUAUAUUCCUGAUCAGAUUUGUCCAAAUUAUAAUAUUUAUUAUAAUAUUAAAUACACC